AUGCUGUGUCCGAGCUGCUCGGCUAUCAGGGCCGGGGGCAAGGGUUGCUGUGGAAAAGGUUGCUGCGGCAACCGUUGCCGGAUGCUGAACUCGGUGUUCUCCUCUGCGUUCGGCCUCGUUGGAGCGAUUUACUGCGUCAGUGUGGCCUCUGCAGGUCUGGCUAUUGGACCCAAGUGUCAGGUGGCCAACGGGGAAUGGGAAUACCCCUUUGAGGAUUUUGGCACGUAAGUGAUUCCCCAAUUAUGACUCAUUUGAAUGUACUUUUCAAGGCAUGUUGGUAAAA